CUAUCUUCCUCGCUCUUCAUACUGGAUUUCGAAAUUUCUUAUUCAAUAACAUAUGUUUCAGAUACGAGAUUUCUCAUUCAAAAAUAUGUUUUGAGAUUUGAAAUUUUUUAUUCAAAAACAUAUGUUUCAGAUCUAAAAGAGCUUUGGGGAUGGUAUAUUUGGAAAACUCUAGUGGUCUAUCUCUUUCAAAUUCGAAUGCUUCAACUGGGGAGAACUCUCGCAAAACUAGACAACUAACUGAAGAAUCAGCGGAGCACUUAAACACAGUAUCAACCACAACCAAUGGCACAGGAGAUCGUCAUCCUGAGGAGAAAAAUCCAAUUAGGCAGGUGACCGAACAAGGGCACAAACCUGGGUUAACCGACCAAAAUGAAAACAAGGAGCAAGAAAAUGUCAAGGACAAAAUGGGGAAAGUGGGGGUCUCUGAGGAUACCUCCACCUCCACCUCCAAUAAUGCUGCUGUGAACCUGGAAACAAAACUUGAGAAACAAUCUGCUAAAACCUCCAUCAAAUUUGGUGCGGGAGAACCCAUAAAGACCCAAAUUGAGAAACAAAAUGAUAAAACAGUUAUGCCAUCAGAUGCUCGUGUUCGGCAUCUUAAAGAUUAGCUUAUCCAGGGAAGGGUGUACCUUUCCCUUACAGCUACAAGAAACAAUCCCCACUUUAUAAGGGAGCUUCGGCUACGGAUGAAGGAAGCUCAACGAUCACUUGGGGAAGCAAUCAAGGACUCUGAACUACCAAGGAAUUCUGUUGAGAAGUUAAAAGCAUUGGAGCAAACAUUGGCCAAAGGGAAGCAAAUUCAAGAUGACUGCACUGCUAUGGUAAAGAAGCUUCGUGCUAUGCUUCACUCGACAUAAGAACAGCUCCGGGUCCACAAGAAGUAGACCUUGUUUCUAACGCA